GCAUGCCCCACCAUACUCUUCCUGGACGAGCCGACCUCCGGUUUGGACGCCACCGCCUCGUUGAUGAUCGUCCAGCAGCUGAAGAGGAUGGCCAGACUCGGCGUGACCAUUGUCAUGGUAAUCCAUCAGCCGAGAUAUGACCUCUUCACCCUGUUGGAUGAUGUCCUGCUCCUUGGCACCUUGGAGGACAAGGGCGGACGACUUGCCUACGUGGGUCCUACGCUGCAGUGCAAGUCCCACUUUCAGAGCUACGGUCUGAGGAUGCCAGAGAAUUGGAACCCUGCAGAUUGGAUGAUGGACAUCCUGAGCGGACA